AUGGGCCUUCAUUGUUUUUCUGCGGCGCAUCGAGUCCACCAAACAAGCAGCCGCGUGGCCUUCUCCCCUCACCCCAUGGCGCGGCUGCCCUAGUUCGUCCACGCGACACCUCCACUCCAUCGCUAACCUCCCCCUCCCCUGCUAUACUUCUCCGGCGCCCUCCUCGCCUGUGGUCCGCGCGGACCUCACCGCCCCCCGCCCCCUGCUUCUCCCCGGCCCUCCACCCCUCAUCUGCACAAGGCCUAUGGUAAGGGCAACUUGAGCUGCAAGUGGCCAUUAUCAGAAUGGGUGAAAGUAACGAGAAUAUCCAGUUUUCGUGGGGAAAGAAGAGAGCAAAAGGUGGUGCCAAGAUGGAUACACAGUUCUAUGGUUCCUUCACAUUUGACAAUGUGAAGUACUCACUGUAUGACUGUGUAUAUCUUUUUAAAAAUGGUGAAUCUGAACCAUACAUUGGAAAGAUAGUAAAGAUAUGGCAGCAGAAUGAAGCUAAGAAAGUAAAGAUUCUUUGGUUUUUCACCCCGGAUGAGAUCAGAAAUUAUUUAAGAGGCCCCGUGGCGGAGAAUGAGAUAUUUCUUGCUUCUGGUGAUGGCACUGGCCUUGCCGAUAUCAACCCGCUGGAAUCUAUUGCUGGUAAAUGCACUGUUGUUUGCAUUUCAAAGGAUGAAAGGAAUCGCCAGCCUACCCCAAAGGAACAAACGGUCGCUGAUUAUAUCUUCUAUAGGUUUUUUGAUGUUGGAAACUGCACACUUUCUGAGCAAGUACCUGAGAAAAUUGCAGGGCUGGAAGUCAACGCGCUGCUUAAUCCUAAAGAUGAGCAAGUUAUAUGUUACCCGGAUCAGGAUGUGCAAGGCAUGGAUCAGAAGGUGGGUGCAGGUCUGGUUGCACCCCUUACGCAAUCAGCGGCUAAGAUGGAGGAUGAAAUUCCUGUUGCACCCCUUCCGCAAUCAGCUGCUAAGAUGGAGGAUGAAAUUCCUGUUGCUGCAGUUCCCCUUUCCCAGUCAGUGGCCAUUUCUCUUCCCCCAUCAGUCAAAGAGGUGGAUAAAGUUCAGGUUGCUGCUGUUCCUCUUCCCCUAGCAGUUGAGGAGGAUGUUCCCAAACCCACACAAAAAGUUUUCAAACGUACACAGAGUACACAGAAAGUUCUCUCUGAUAAGAUGCCUUCAAAGAAGUUGAAAAUAUCUCAAGAUCUCACAACGAAGAAUAUGCCUUCAAAGAAGUCGAAACUAUCUCAAGAUCUUACAACACAGAGUAUGGCCCCAGUUCCUGACGUGAAAGUUCGCUCUGUUCCUUCGGCGGAACUACCAACAAGGCAGGCUGACAGAAGAAAAUGGUUCAAACCACAGCCAUGGCAUGAAAAACUAACACAAGCUGAUAGGGAGGGGAGGCUGGUGUAUAUUCAGAAUCUUGACAUACGGUUUGGAGCUUCUGAAAUAGUGGAACUUAUUCGUGAGGCACUACAACUAUCUUGUACUGCUAAGCCUAUUAACCACCCGACCUACGAUGAUCCUAACAAUGGAAAAGCAUAUGUUGUAUUCAAUUCUAGAAAUAUUGCUGAUGACGCUGUUAUGAAAAUCAAUUCAGGUUUGGUUGUGGGUGGAAGACCCCUUUACUGCAGCAAAGGGUUACUUAAGGUCCCAAAACCAGCUUCAGGAGCUCUGGUUGGGCACUUAACCAUCAGUAAUCAGAAAAUGAACCCAAGACAACGAGAAGAGCAGAAGAAGGCAGUGUCAACAUCACAUUGUUCUCAACCCAAUACAAUAGAAUAUGACCUGGCCUUGGACUGGAUGCUUGUCCGAGAAAAGCAAGCAAUGAAGUUCAGUAUGCUUCAUAAGAGGCACGCGGGUGAGAGGAAGUCGUUUGCAGCAAAGAUGGAGAAGUAAGUAGCUUCUUUGGAGUCGCUUAACCAAAAUGUAAUGGGAACCGGCCAGAUGGAGUUGUCAACUAUCACCCCUUGGAGCUUGGUGUGUUGUUCACCCGAAGCAACACUUAUCUUCAAGCUUUUGUCGCUGUGGCAACCUUAUAUGCGCUGAUGGUUUAUGUUUGGCUUCGACUGAUUGAAUUUCGAGGUGGGACUAACUGCAACGUAGGAUGUUCUUUCUUCAAGGAGGGAAAUGUAUAGGGGUGGAAAUUAUGAGGACAUUAGCUUCAGGAAUCAGAGUAGUGGGAAAUUUCUCAUGACAUGUCUUCAGGAGUCAGAGUAGUGCCGUAGAAGCAAGUAGCCCUUUGCAGCAAGCCGGAGGCGGUUUUAGCUUAACAGUAAGCCAGCCAGCGUAGUAACGGUGCCCAUCUGCUGCUGCGUGUUUUUGGAUAGCAAAUCAUGAACUAUGUAUGUUCCCAAAGUUCACGGCUUGGCUAUCUUUUCUGCUAAAUGUACCGCAUUCUUGAA